CAUCGAGCUUGGCAAGGCAUUUUGCAUCGCAGGGCUGCCCCCGAGCGGUUAGACCACAUACAAGAUGAUCCUCACGCAGUGCGCCGUCUGCGCCACCGACCUUGGCUUAAGCUUGGGGAAGAAAUGCGGCCGCUGCAGCACGCGCUACUGUGGGCCUGACUGCCAGGUGCAGCACUGGGAGAGGGGCGGACACGAGGCGCUCUGUCGACGGAUUAGGCGCGCCGGCGGCGCGGAGCAAUACCACGCCGACAUAAAAUGUAACGAGGCGGUCGCGGUCGCGGUCGAGGCGUGCGCCGACGACACGAGGGGCCAGACGUGCUAUAUUUGUAUGGAGGCCGUGCACUCACGCACCGGAGAAGGCCUCGUGCGCGGAUGCGCGUGUGGAGAUCGUGAUGGCGUUGCUUCUGGCAGGACGGGCAUCGCGCACGUUUCGUGCUUGGCGGAGCAGGCGAAGAUUUUGAAUGACGAGGCCGAGGAGAACAAUUUGGCCCUCAAGGGGAGGUGGGACCGGUGGCACACGUGUAGCUUGUGUGAGCAAGACUAUCACGGCGUCGUUUUUUGCGCGCUCAGUUGGGCGUGCUGGAAGACGUACCUUGGUCGGCCGGAGACGGACUGGCCUCGGGGUGCUGCGAUGAUGCUACUUGGGAUAGGUUUAGGCGAUGCGGGACGCUUCGAGGAGGCGUUGUCCGUGCAAGAGGCCGAGUUGGCUAUGCGGCGGCGCGCUGGCGCAUCAGCAGGACGAAUUCUCGACGUGCAGGCCAAUCUUGCGGUCUCGUAUCAUAAUCUCGGACGGCUCGAAGAGGCCUCAUCUAUGCAGCGAGACGUAUACUCCGGACAGUUGAAGCUCAAUGGCGAGGAAAAUAGAGGCACCCUUAUGGCAGCCAACAACUAUGCGAUCUCCCUUACCCAUCUAAAGCGCUACGCAGAAGCCAAGUCGCUGCUGCACAAAAUGAUUCCCGUGGCGCGACGCGUUCUCGAUGAGAGUAGCGAAAUCACGCUCAAGAUGAGGUGGAAAUACGCGGAGGCGCUCUGCCGGGACACCGCCGCCACGCUCGACGAUGUCCGCGAGGCCGUGACGACGCUCGAGGACACGGAACGGACCGCGCGGCGCGUUUUUGGCGCCUCGCACCCGACCACAACGGGACAUGAGGAAUCCCUACGAGACGCGCGAGCCGCGCUCGCCGCCCGCGACGUCGAGGCCCUCGGGGACGCGCUCGGGGCCCUGGGCGCCGCGUAGCAGGUAAGUUAAGAGACACUAGUUACGCC